UUUAAAAAAAAAUUAAAAUAAAAUAAAAACAUUAUUAAAUCAUCUGAAAAAGAGCUGGCGUCAUAAAUAAAAGACCACAGUCUGGAUCCUCGGCGGCACAGAGGAAGAAUCACGUUUCUUCUGGUUGUGAGUGAGGAAGAGUGAGAGGGGCGGAGGAUAAAGGUCCUGACCCGCUGUCUCUGAGUGACUGUUGGUCUGUAACUGGCAGCUGGCUGGUUUAGUGGGAGUCUGAGAGGAGGUGAACACGCGGUGUGGAAAACUGAGACUGUGAGACUAAAAGGAGAAGAAUAACUCAGUCUUUAAAGAGACAAAACCUUCAAAAUAAAAGCACGCUGAGGGGGACUGGUGUUUUACUGGUUUAUGUGGUACCUGACUGGUUGCUUGGACUUGAGUUUUGGGGGACUUCUAAAAAUACAAAAAGCCAAAUUAAAGGGAAAACACCACCCAGCCUUUGCUGACUGGUAUCUGACUGCUUUUUGGACUGAGAAACUGACUUUAAGGAUUAUAAUCUGCAGGAAUUAAAACACUCUAAAGUGGGAAUCACAGCUGAUUAUUCCUUCUGGUAUCUAACUGGUGUCUGGGUUUAGGAGUGAUUUAAAAAGACUGAAAUCUGAAGAAAAUAAAGGGAUUCUAAGUGGGAACCAUUGCUGACUAUUCCUACUGGUCUGACUGCUAGCCUGAGUGGGAACUGUGGGGAAACACCUGAACAGAAAUAAGAGAUAUUGCAGACAAAACCUGCAGGAAUUAAAGGGGAUACAGAGGCUGACUAUUUGGAGCACUUCCUGACUGGUUCCCAUUCUGUGAAUGAUGGAGAAGCAGGCUCUUCCAGCCUCCUCCUGCUCUCUGGUUCUCCUGGAGGAGACCAAAAAGAGCCCCAUAAGUCUCUCUAAUGGGGGCGGUGGCAGUGGUUAUGCCCCUGCGGCCGCUAAUGGCAGCCUCGUCCCGCUGACAGUGGCGGGGACAGGCGUCGCUGGUGGAGUGGUGGGCACUGCUUGUGUUGGACAGGACAAAAAAGGUGGUGUGGUCAACGGAGCGGGGCCUGGUUACCAGGAGCGGGAAACCUGGACGCGACAGAUGGACUUCAUCAUGUCUUGCGUGGGCUUUGCUGUAGGACUCGGAAACGUGUGGCGGUUCCCCUACCUGUGCUACAAGAACGGAGGAGGUGUGUUUCUGAUCCCCUACCUGCUGAUCGUGUUCGUUGGAGGAAUCCCCAUCUUCUUCCUAGAGAUCUCUCUCGGUCAGUUCAUGAAAGCGGGAAGCAUCAACGUCUGGAACAUCGCGCCGCUGUUUAAAGGUCUGGGUUAUGCCUCCAUGGUGAUUGUGUUUUUCUGUAACACCUACUACAUUAUGGUGCUGGCCUGGGGCUUCUACUACCUGAUCAAGUCCUUCACCGCCACACUCCCGUGGUCCUCCUGCAACAACGAGUGGAACACGCCCAGCUGCAUUGAGAUCUUCCAUCACCAAGACUGCAAAAACGCCAGCUUUGCCAACAUCACCAUCGGCAGCAGCAACAUGACCUGCGCCGACCUGGCCGACGCACGAUCGCCCAUCAUCGAGUUCUGGGAAAACAAAGUGUUGAACAUCUCGUCUGGUCUGGACGAACCGGGGAAGAUGAACUGGGAGCUCAUUUUGUGUCUGAUGGCUGUCUGGGUUCUGGUUUACUUCUGCGUCUGGAAGGGAGUCAAAUCCACCGGGAAGAUUGUGUACUUCACGGCCACCUUUCCCUAUGUGGUCCUCAUCAUCCUGCUGGUCAGAGGGGUGACCCUGCCCGGAGCCUACGAUGGCAUCAUGUACUACAUCAAACCCAACUGGUCCAAACUGGAGGAGGCUCAGGUGUGGAUAGAUGCUGGCACUCAGAUCUUCUUCUCCUACGCCAUCGGCCUUGGUGCUCUGACCGCUUUAGGCAGCUACAACCGCUUUAACAAUGACUGCUACAAAGAUGCCUUCAUCUUGGCGCUCAUAAACAGCGGGACAAGUUUCUUCGCUGGCUUUGUGGUGUUUUCUAUUCUUGGCUUCAUGGCUGCGGAGCAGGGAGUCGACAUAUCGCAGGUUGCUGAAUCAGGUCCAGGUCUGGCCUUCAUUGCAUAUCCGAAGGCAGUCAGUCUGAUGCCGGUGGCCCCGCUGUGGGCGGCGCUCUUCUUCUUCAUGCUGCUGCUGCUCGGACUGGACAGUCAGUUUGUCGGGGUGGAGGGUUUUGUUACCGGGAUUCUGGAUCUGUUUCCUGGAAAGCAUUAUCAUCGCUACAAAAGGGAGAUCGCUGUGGCGAUAUGCUGUUUACUCUGCUUCAUCAUUGAUCUCUCCAUGGUGACACAGGGAGGGAUGUACGUCUUCCAAUUGUUUGACUACUAUUCGGCCAGUGGGAUGACUCUGUUGUGGCAAGCAUUCUGGGAAUGCAUAGUAGUUGCCUGGGUCUACGGUGCUGACCGCUUCAUGGAUGAUGUGGCUCGUAUGAUCGGCUACCGGCCUUUCCCCUGGAUGAAGUGGUGCUGGUCUUUUAUAACUCCAUGUGUCUGCAUAGGUAUCUUUCUGUUCCACCUGGUGAACUAUAAGCCCCUGACCUACAACAAUGUGUACGUGUACCCAUGGUGGGGCGAGGUGAUCGGCUGGUGUCUGGCUCUGUCCUCCAUGCUGUGCAUUCCUGUCAGCCUUCUCUACAAACUCUUUAGAGCCAAGGGAACCUUCAAAGAGCGUUGGGCCCACCUGACCACUCCGGUGUGGGGAGCCCAUCACUUGGAGUACAUGGCCCCGGAUAUCAAGUCCUUGAGCUCCAUGUCGCCUGGCAUCGAUGACAACAAAGUCAUCAUCUUCGAGAGUGUCAUGUAGGCAGGACUCCAUCCCCGUCCAUCCAUCCACCUCCGACCAGACAACCGACAGCACCACACUCGACCUUCAGCUUUACCUCCAACCCAUACAGAGGCCUCAGAAAGGACUCGAAGUGAUUGAUUAGAUUUGUGGACUGAUUGAUUGCCUUUGCCCUUCGAUUAAUUGAUUGAUGGGUCUCCUUGGACCUAUUGAUCAGUUGGUCUCUUCAUGUCACCAAAAUAACCAACGCUAAAGAUUUUUUUUAAUACCUAGAAAAGAACAAAACAGAAGAGGAGUGACACAGCUCCUUCAGAAAGCUUCAUAAUUCCAACAACCACGAACAACCGGGAAAAAGAAAUACUCUCCAUGAAUGUGGAUAAAAUGCUAAAUUAGGGUAAUCUAAAGUUUUCACUAAAGGCAGAAUCAUUUUGUGUUCUCUAAAAAUACAAAACAAAAGAGUGUCUGCUGUCGAGGUCGAAGUCGGAGGUCAAGUUUCCUCCAUCACCGAUGAUCGGUAGUAUCAAUGCUCUUCUCUCUGGGUGGGUGGGAUGAAACGUUAACUAAUAAACUGCCAUUACAUACAAUCAUCUCAUUAAAUGUUAAAGGGACUUGUGCUCACUGAUUUUUAUUUUAAAAAAUGGCGGUUUAUUCACACAGACAGAGUUGUAGACAGACAGACUGACUGACCCCCAGAAAAUUAACAGAGGUCAUUUGCUUUGCAACAGGAUUUAAUAAAUGACAGGAAAUAGUCUGAGACGCAGUCCCGUCGUCAAACAUAAAAAUGGAAGAAAAGAUCAACCGAGAACCAGAACUAUCGGGUUGAACGAUCUCCGGGACUGGAGAGUAAAAAGUUCAACCUCCUGUUAUCAAGCAAACCAGCGGUCCAGGAAGCCAGACUGUGCUCUGAGUCCUGAAAACACCCUCAGACACCCUUUGAGCACUUUGAUUGUUGAGGCCCAAAUCCUAAAACUCAAACUGAUGCCCUGAUUCCUUUUGAACGUUUCAAUAUAUCGGUGCAGCUCUGCUGAAGCUAAAUACUACAAAUCACCAGCUUUUUACUACUGAUCCCAGAACAGUCCUGGCUCCUGAGCAGUGUCGUGCUUCUCUGACCGCUGACCUCUGAUCUGCAACAACAGAUCUGAUCUCAGAGGGAAAUGUCCAGAGAGACUUCAGUCAGAGUUAUAACAAGGGCUUUAAAUUGAAUCCAAUCAAAAACAAUUAAUAAGAUCAGUAAAAUCUCCUCAGAGCUUUUAACCCCAACCAGAUGCAAACACACAGAUGCCGUCAGCUGUUGAAACUGAUUUGAAACUAGACUGAAAUCUCACUGGAUCUGACCUUUAACCCUUCCCUGUCAUGUGUCUGACCUCCCUGUGAGGAGGUUCAGGCCUGUGUGCGAAUCAGGUCAGAGGUUGGGCUUCGUUCAGUGUCCCCCAGGUCGACUGAAGUGCCAAAUGGGGCGCUGCCCGCCCUGCAGGGCUGAUCCUAGACCAGGACUCCAGGCUGCCAAAAUCAACCUGUUAGCUCUUCUCUCUGCCUCGUCUCUGUCUCAUCGAUGCUGCAGUCCUCCAUCCAAACCUCACUUCUUCCUACUGAACCACUGAUGGUGGCACCUUCCAUCUCACAUUCUCAGUUUCAUACGCCUAAACUUUUCCUGUGUGAUCAGAGUUCAUAUCAUUCUAGUCAUUUGUUUAAGGGCCUCCCUUUGGGUGUAGCUCCUCACAAACAAGCAACGCUGCCUCUGUAUGUGGUUAACCUCGUCUCCGCACAGUAAUGGAAAUUAGACAUUCACA